UCUGAUGCCCUAGGUUCUGGGAAGGCUGGCGUGGAAGAGGUAACCCUUAAUGAAGUGGCGUUGAAGGGAAGCUGUACUGGAACGUCGCGUCACCUGCGAAAGUUCAUUCUGUGGAGGAAAUUCUGCCCAGCGGAUGUCGCUCCGAUUGAGAUGCGGUAUUUAUGUUCGGUGAUUCCGUGUCGUGCUCUUGUGGCGCAUUCCGGAGUUCGUGUUGCUCGGCACUCUCUUAAUUCUCUUGCAUUCAAACGUCUGAACCAUGACAUUGGGACCAGGGCAACGUUCGCUGUUCUCUCCUCGCUUCGAUCUCAGCACAAAGUCCAGACUGCAGAUCGUUCCAAGAUACCGCACAAAAUGAAAAAUGCGAAUGCGUCGGAAAUAAUCUCUGUUUGGAAGAACAUCACUGUGACAGAGCUUGCAGAAGUAUUCCAACGUGAUAUUGAUGCCAUCUUCGAAGCAAUGCUGUACGUUCCGGAAGCCGAACAGUACGAUCGUGUUGAUUCCCGUAUCGAUAACAUCGGUGUCGUCAUUGGCAUAGCAAAGAGGCUUGGUGUCCGAUGUACCUUAAUCGCAAAUCCGACCCUGGAAACAGCAGAAGUUGACGACAAAGAUGUGUACCGGAGGCCUCCUGCAUCGGCAAAAGUAUUGCAGAAACGACCGCCGAUUGUUACCAUCAUGGGCCACGUAGAUCACGGAAAGACAACGCUCCUGGACACUUUGAGACAUUCUCACGUUGUUGAUUCUGAAUUCGGUGGCAUAACGCAACAUAUUGGAGCUUUCUCGGUUUCGUUGCAGAAGGGUGAAACGGUGACUAUUUUGGACACUCCUGGACAUGCAGCUUUCAGUGCCAUGAGAGCUCGUGGAGCCCAUUGCACGGAUAUUGUGAUUUUGGUUGUGGCGGCCGACGAUGGUGUUAAGGAGCAAACUUUGGAAUCCCUUCAUCAUGCCAGAGAAGCAAAAGUUCCGAUUGUUGUUGCUAUCAACAAAAUGGACAAAGCCGGGGUUGACGCUGAUCGCGUGAAACGAGAGCUUCUUCAGCAAGGAUUAGCUGUUGAAGACUUUGGCGGAGAUGUGCAAGCUGUUCCUGUUUCUGCAUUAACAGGAGAAAACUUAGUGUCGUUGAUAGAAGCCGUGUUGGCUGAAGCAGAAUUGCUUCAACUAAAAGCUGACCCCACUGGACCUGUUGAGGGUGUCGUCAUAGAAUCGCGAGCUGAUCAGAGUCGUGGGAAACUGGCGACUAUGGUUGUUCAACGAGGCACGCUGAGAAAAGGAUCCUUUUUGGUGGCCGGAGAGUCCUGGGCAAAAGUCAGGGCAAUGUUCACUGACUUGGGGAAACCUCUGCAAAACGCGCCUCCUUCCACUGCCGUCGAAGUCAUCGGUUGGAGGGACUUGCCUAGUGCUGGAGACGAAAUUCUUGAGGUCGAAUCUGAGAAAAAAGCUCACGCUGUUGUGCAUUGGCGUAAACAAAAACGGCUGCAGGAAAAAGGUGAACAAGACGACGUAGUUGUGAAGAAGAAAAUGGACGAGCAUAUUCUGGAAUACCGCAAGCAAUUGGAAGCCAAACGAGCGUCUGGGAAAAAAUUUGGCAUAACAAUGACCAAACCGUCGACCGUAUUCCAUUCUCGUGGUUGGCGUGAUCACGGAGGACCGAAAGUUGCGUUGGUUCUAAAAGGUGAUGUGGAUGGCAGCGUUGAGGCCUUAUUGGACGUGAUAGGAACUUAUCAUUCGCCCAUGUGUUUGUUGGAUGUCGUGCAUUAUGGUGUUGGACCUGUUUCAGCGAAAGACAUAGAAUAUGCUGAAGCUUUUGAUGGUCUAGUGUAUUCCUUCAAUGUCCCCGUCCCUCCCGAUGUUGCUACGAAAGCGAAAAAUUCAGCCGUGCCGAUAAAGAAGUACAACAUCAUAUAUCGGCUAAUAGACGACUUGAAAGCUGAAAUAAAUUCCCGUCUGCCGCCUGCAAAAAUGCCUGAAAUCGUGGGAACCGCGGAUGUGUUGCAAGAGUUUUUGAUCUCUGACGGUCGAAAGAAACUUCCCGUCGCCGGAUGUCGUUGCGUUCAAGGAAGUCUGAAGAAAAAGUUAUCUUUCCGAGUUCGACGCAAUGAAGAAGUCAUAUACGAUGGUGCUGUUACUUCUAUCCGGCAUUUGAAGAAUGAAGUGGAGUCCAUAAACAAAGACACAGAGUGUGGAAUAUGUUUCGAAGAUCAUUCUGUUCGUGUUCAGUUGGGAGAUGUGGUUGAGUGCUACGAGAUGGUCGACGAGAAGAACAACGCGGUGAACAUGGUGGUCGGCGGCGCGGAUUACCCGACCAUCAUGCUCGGGAUGGAAAGCACCGCCGGGGUCCGACUCAACUCGCACAAGCACAAAUUGAAGCAUAGGUUCGAGAUUGUGCGAAAACUGGGUCAGGGCACGUACGGGAAAGUGCAAUUGGCAGUGAACCGCGAGACUGGGCAAGAAGUUGCGAUUAAGACGAUUAAGAAAGCCAAGAUUGAGACCGAGCAGGACUUGGUUCGGAUACGGAGGGAGAUUCAAAUCAUGUCUUCAGUUCAGCAUCCGAGCAUCAUCCAUAUUUAUGAAGUGUUCGAAAAUCGAGAGAAAAUGAUUUUGGUGAUGGAGUACGCAUCCGGAGGAGAGCUUUAUGAUUAUUUGAGUGAUCGGAAAGUAUUGGCGGAAGAAGAAGCGAGGCGUAUAUUCCGGCAAAUUUCUGCUGCUGUUUAUUAUUGUCAUAAGCACAAAAUUUGUCAUCGCGAUUUGAAGCUGGAAAAUAUUUUGUUGGACGACAAGGGAAACGCCAAAAUUGCGGAUUUCGGACUUUCGAACGUCUUUGACAACAAAAACUGCCUGAGUACGUUUUGCGGAAGUCCUCUUUAUGCCUCUCCGGAAAUAGUGAAGGGAGUGCCUUAUUACGGACCGGAAGUUGAUUGCUGGUCGUUGGGUGUGUUGCUGUAUACACUCGUGUACGGAGCGAUGCCGUUUGACGGAUCGAAUUUCAAGCGACUCGUGCGUCAGAUCACGAGUGGCGAAUACUUUGAACCGAAGAAAAAAUCAGAUGCUUCUGAACUCAUUCACGACAUGCUGACGGUUUCCGCGAAGCGUCGAGCGAAUAUCGAGGACAUUUGCUCGCACUGGUGGGUCAACGAAGGCUAUUCCAUAUCCUGUCUGGAAGUCGCCGACGAACUCGCGUGCCAGACGCCAGUCCGCCUCGACCUACUCCUCUCCAUUGCGCCGGCGCCGAAAUCUUCGGAGAAACUCGUCGUCGAAAAGCCGGAGACUCUCGAAAAGGACGACUCGUGUCUUGCUAAUGGGAAUGAUGCCGAUCCCCGCAGUGAACCCGUGGUUCUCGGCGCAGAAGCAUUCCCGGAAAUGCCGAUGAAAUCCAAAUCCGCCCAUCAACCGAAAUCAGUGUCUUCGUCAACCGUGCCGGAGUCGUCGUCAGUGACGAAAAACGCGUCGCAGGAGUGUUCAAUUGCUGAAGUGGUGUCGUCGUCGUCGUUAAAAGAAGCCAGUGCGACGUGUGUGCAACCUGCGAGUCCGAUCCAAGUGAAACCCUUUACCGACGACGACGACGAACCGGAAGCGAGUAACACCGCAGCCAAAGACAUUCCAAAGACGUGUGGCUCGGAGGCAAAAGCUGAAGACGUCGGACAUUCUUCGAAAGAAAUUCCCGAUUCGUCAGUCAAAGACAAGGCCAAGAAAGUGAAGAAAAAAUUAACGACGGAAAAGACUUCGAAGGGGAACGUGGAUUUGCAGACUAUUUCAGAAGCCUCUCCGGAAAUCGCGGGGUCUCGAAAAUCCUCUACGGCAACUGUAGAAUCUCCGAAACCGAAAGACGCGAGCCGAAAGAGUCCGGAAGCAACCACACCGACUUCGGAAACUCCGAAGAAAAAGGUGGUGAAGAAGGUGAUAAAAUCGAGAACCGCGAAACCCAAAGAAGACCAGGCUGCUGCUGCUGCUGCUGCUCCAGCUCCAGCCAAGUCCACAGUGGAGAAGAGAUCUUCGCCUCCGGCAACAUCGGACCCGAAAAAACCUUCCAUCAGUCGUCGGAAUUCAAAAAAUAUCAUGGAAGUCGCGAAAAUGUUCGAUUCCUCUCCAGCUGCUACUACUGCAUCUCCUGCUGCCCCUACGUCGUCGAAAACCCUGGAACGCCCGAAGAAAGUCCUCCUUUCUGGAUUGUCUAACAUUAAAGACGCGAAAAAGGCGUUCGAAGCCAAGAAUUCUGUCGACGCGAAACCGAAACCCUUGCUUCUACCGAGUCGAACUGUUUCUGAUGCCAAGAGAAAGUUUGAAUUGCCUCCUGCUGCCCCGAAGCCGUUACCAAGUGCGGCUGGGACGCUGAAGAGUAAAACCGAGUCGAAAAUUGGAGAGAAGCUUUCGAGAAUCGUGGUGAAGAAGGAAAAAUCUCCUCCGAAGAAUUCUAAUCUGUCGGAAGCCUCUGCGCCGAAAACACCGCCUGUGAUUGACCAACAUUCUGUACCAGAAGCAUCCAAAAUUUCCGCUUCGUUACCAGAGGUUGAAAAGCCGGUGGAAAGUCCACCAUCUUCUAAAAUAAGCCCUUCCAGCAACUCGAGGCCAGAAGGUGACAACGUUUCAGAAUCUCCUUCCGUGGUCGAGAAAAUUGUUGCACAUCCUCCUGCUGCCCCGAAGACGCGGGAAAACUCUGAGCUUGUGACGGAAAAGGUUAUAGAAACUCCAAUCAAUAAAGAAGCAGUGGUUCAAGAAGGACAAAUUGGCAGUAGUGUGAUGAAAACUGCUGCAGAAGACGCCUCGAGUUCGCCAAAAUUUUCGGAACCCAGCAAAGCACCAAAGAAGAAAAUCGAAACCGAGAAACCGAAGCUCAGUUUGAAAAUGAAGCAUGAAUCUCCGAAAAAGGCCGAAGAUCCGCGUCCGAACUCGACUGAUACCGUCUUUAUGGAAAUAUCUCCAUCUGUGCGAGUUGAAGCCACGAUGAAGAUCGACAGCGGCCCGGAGAACACACCGUCUACAUUAGCGACCCUCGGAUCCCCGCCGACAAACAAACCAUCUUCUUCUUCUUCAGUCACCGAACCGUCUUCCCAGUCAGCAAUCAUACCAGGAACAGAGACGAGUUUCCUUCGAAAACUCACGGCUCCUCCGCCAACCACGACUACAUCGUCGUCGUCGUCGGGGAUGACGUUCACGUCUCGUCGACCCCCGGUGAUGCCAGUGUCGUCAUCUACAGUUGGUUCGCGAGAAGGUUCGACGACUCCUACACCGCAAGAAACGCGUUUGGGGGCAGUUCGGGCACAAAGCCUGGGGAAGGAACGAUUGGUGCCGAUUUUCUUGGCGGAUUCGGACGUGCCUGUGAACAAUUCGACGCUGGUGGCGAAUUCGCGCGAUGCGAGUGCGCGGUCAGUGAUUGCCACUGCGCUGGAGCGCAGGAACUCUGCCAGGUGUGAGAGAAAUUGGGAACGAUUUGCCCCGUGUUCAGGCGCGGAAGCGUCUCCGAUGAGCCUCCAGUCUCCGUCCGUGUCUUCAACGUCAAGCCUCAUGGGAUCCCUUUCCUCGCAACCCAGCAUGAUACCCACUCCGAGUCCCGCGGGCGUCUCUUCGUCGACGCACCCGGGCCUGAAGCAUAGUCGGAGAGAGUACAUCAUUCCGAUUGCGUUGGAAGACGGCGGGUUUGCUGCGACGCCGACGCCGACUCCUUCGUCGGCCACGUCGAUCGCGUCGUCGAUGAGCUCGUCGCCGUUUUUCAGCAGGGAAAGGAGCAUGACGCCCGGGGAGACGACUCCCGAGAGUGGGCGAUGUUCUGCGAGUUCUAGGACCUCUUCUGGGAGGAGAAUGUGGAGCUUAUUCAAUGAAGAUGAUGUACCCAGCGUUGGAAACAUGAGAUUGCAGAGGUUGUCGUCGUUUGGGAAGAGCAUGCCUACGUCGAAUGCUGCGUACAGGGCAGCAACUUCUGCGAGGAAAACUUCGAGUCAAUCGAAGCCGUUCAAGUCGAGCAUCGAUCGAUCUGAUAGCUUCAGUUCUGCGGGGGAAGAAGAUGACGACGAGGAAGGAUUUGAGAUUCUCACUGCCGAAUCUUUGUUCAGUACUUUGCUUGCGAGGGUGAGGAGCUUGUCGCGAAGAAUGAACAAGGACGGUGAUAUGUUGAACAGAAUGCAAAUGUCGUCUCCCGCAGUGACGACGACCAUGUCGGAACCGACAAGCCAAAGCUCGGCGUCUUGGUCUGAGAGGCCAUUGCAUACCAGGUGUGGAACGAGGGCGUCGAAAUCGCCGGUGAGAAGCGGAAGUCUGAGAAGCACCUACGCGACUUCUGGUGUUGCGUUGGGUUCAUCUGGGAACCCGGGCUUUGGAGGGGUUCCAAUAAGAAGCACUGCCACGCUUCCGAGGUCUAACCAGAGUUCCCCGGCGCAUUUGUACCGUUCGGGAUACGGUCGUAAUUUCGAUUACGAAGCGUACCCUGAGAAUGCUGAUGGUUUUCGAAAACCGCGUGAUGCGGAUGUUGAUGCUUGCUACAGUGAUUCUGCUGCUCUUCCGGGCAGCUCAUACAGUUCAUCAGGUGUGGAAAUUGAGCGUUUAUUUUGGUGCCACGGUGCCAUAAUAUUUGGGGUUAUGUUCCAUAAUGUUUGUGAAUUUUUAUGA